AUGCAUCUCGUCUUUCAUGCCGUGUGGACUCUCGUGGGAGCGUCGGUCUACCUCGGGGCCAUUGGCCAUGCUGCCGACGGCGUGCUGGAUAUCGGCGUGGUCUUCCCGCGCGAGAAGGAGACGUAUGCGCCGAUGGAAAGAUUCCCAAUUGUCUUUGCGCUCCAGAACGCCAAGCUGGCCGAGAACCUCAAGCCCCUGAUUGAUCUUGACGUCCUCAACGGCUCCAUGACCAUGCUCGACAAGGUCAACGAGAGAACUUUCGACCUGGAAUUCGCCAACUACACCAGCGAGCCCUACCUCCUCUAUGCGUUCAUGGACUUCAACAUCGAGGGCCCGUUGAAGCUGCUCUGGACCGCUUGGUGGAGAAAAUGUGACGAGAGCGGCGACGAGGUCAGCAUCAUCAGCAACAGCAGCGACAAGCUCUGGGUCGACUUCAACAUCAAGGAAGGCGCUCAAACCGCCGACCUCGUUGCUGACACGGCCAAUAGGGGGAACUGUCCCGCCCACGUCGGAGUCGCCAUCACCGUGACGGACAAGACGCACAAUGUCCCAGAACCCCUUUCGGGUCAGAACAAGCAGUAUGGUACUUGUGCAGUCAUCGCCACCAUGUCUUCGACCCCGACCUCCAACCCCUGCAGAGUCAAGAUCGACAAGGCUGCGGUAGAGAGCAUGGAGGCCGAUGAGCAAGCCCGGAGGUGCAGACGGCUGCAUCGACCCGCUGACUGCCCAAAGGAGGACCAGGCUAUCCACAAGUCCGCCGUUGCAGGUGGCGCAAUCCUCGCGGCUGCCCUCGGCGCCGCCGCUUUCCUAUUUGCCUAA